GAAAAAGCGGCGCGGCUCGUUCAAGAUGGCGGAGCUGGAUCAGCUGCCUGACGAGACUUAGUUUCAAGAGCUGAAUUCACUGUGAAUCAGAUCAUCAUAGAAGCAUGUUCCUGUACCUGUGGCUGAUAGGUCCCCAGCCCAAUAAAGGUGAUACAUCAGAAAAGAAAUGUGCAAGAAGAGCAACAGUUUAGCCCAGGUUCUUCAGCAAAAGCACUUGUGAGCUUGAAAGAGGGAAGCUUAUCAAGUUCGUGGAAUGAAAAGUACAAUCCUCUGCAGAAAACGCACAUUUGGAGAAGCAAGAAUGCUGGUUCUGCAGUGGAAAUGCCCUUCAGAAAUUCAAAACGGAGUCGACUCUUCUGCGAAGAAGAUGACAGACAAAUAAACACAAGGUCACCCAAAAGAAAUCAGAAGGUUGCGAUGGUUCCACAGAAGUUUAGUACAACAAUGUCAACACCAGAAAAGAAAGUGUCACAGAAGAUUGGUUUACGGCUUCGCAACCUGCUCAAACUUCCCAAAGCUCACAAGUGGUGCAUAUAUGAAUGGUUCUAUUCAAAUAUAGAUAAGCCACUAUUUGAAGGAGAUAAUGACUUCUGUAUAUGCCUGAAAGAAUCUUUUCCAACUUUGAAAACCAGAAAAUUGACAAGAGUGGAAUGGGGGAAAAUCAGACGAUUAAUGGGAAAACCACGGAGGUGUUCCUCUGCAUUCUUUGAGGAGGAGAGGUCAGCAUUAAAACAGAAACGGCAGAAAAUAAGACUUCUGCAGCAGCGGAAAGUUGCAGAUCUUUCACAGUUCAAAGAUCUUCCAGAAGAAAUUCCAUUACCGCUUGUAAUAGGAACAAAAGUUACAGCGCGUUUGCGAGGUGUCCAUGACGGUCUGUUCACUGGACAAAUAGACGCUGUGGACACCCUUAAUGCUACCUACAGAGUGACUUUUGACAGGGCAGGUCUUGGAACACACACAGUCCCAGAUUAUGAAGUUCUUAGCAACGAGCCUCAUGAAACCAUGCCAAUUGCUGCCUUCGGACAGAAACAACGGCCUUCAAGGUUCUUUAUGACUCCUCCCCGAUUGCCAUACACACCUUCACUCCAGUCUCCGAUUACAGAUAGUGAUCCUUUAUUAGGACAAUCUUCGUGGAAAAGCAAAAUUUCAGGCACAGAUAGUGAAACACUAGGAGGCUUUCCGGUAGAAUUCCUCAUUCAAGUGACCAGGUUAUCGAAAAUCCUUAUGAUCAAGAAGGAACACAUCAAACAAUUGAGAGAGAUGAAUACAGAAGCAGAAAAGCUGAAAUCCUAUUCCAUGCCAAUAAGCAUUGAGUUUCAGAGGAGAUAUGCAACUAUUGUUCUAGAUCUAGAACAACUCAACAAAGACUUAAAUAAAGUUUUGCAUAAAGUUCAACAGUAUUGUUAUGAGCUUGCUCCUGACCAGGGCCUCCAGCCUGCUGACCAACCCACGGAUCUGAGGCGUAGGUGUGAAGAGGAAGCUCAGGAGGUCGUUAGGCAAGCAAAUACCUCAUCGACAGGACAACUUUGUGUUGAGAGUGAAAAUUUGACUGAUCUUAUCUCUAGGCUUACAGCAAUAUUACUGCAAAUCAAGUGUCUAGCAGAAGGAGGUGAUCUGAAUUCCUUUGAAUUUAAAUCACUAACAGAUUCAUUAAAUGACAUUAAGAAUUCAAUAGACUCCUCAAAUAUCAGUUGUUUUCAGAAUAACGUUGAGAUCCAUGUUGCACAUAUUCAGAGUGGUCUGAGCCAGAUGGGAAAUUUACAUGCUUUUGCAGCUAAUAACACCAACAGAGACUGAAAACUUCCUCCCAAGUGUACAGCAAGUAGUUCUGGAAAACCUUCCUUUCUAUAGGCUUCACCAAAUAUCCUAACUGCCAGAAGAUAAGGGAAAAGAAAACCUCUCAGAAAGGACCCUUUUGAAUCUAUUAUAUCCGCUUCUUAAGAAAACCAGCAUUACUGGCCAGCGUUACAUUAGAUUUCUCCAUUUGUUAUUCACAUGCAGUAGUUUUGCUAACUGGUAAUCUCUUAGUAAUUGCAUUUAUUAUAGUAAACUUGAAAACAUACUUUCAUAUAAUUUGAACUUAGUUUUUGAAAGUUCAGAUUAAUUCUGUGCACCUCUUGCUGUUGGGUCUCCUGGUAUGUUAGAAGUGACAAAGAGGAAAUGGUUCAGUUUAGUAGCCACAUGGCAGGUCUUUGUUGUGUAAAGCUACACUUCUGUGUAGGUCUUGAGAACUGCCAGCACCGUCCCUGAUCUAAGAAAGCAGCAGCAGGAUACAGGCAGCAAACAUAAGCUGUAAACAUGAGGAUGUUGGGCAGGUCUGUCAAUCAGUCAAUGUCUUGUUGGAGCUCUUAAUUUAUCGUAACUUAUAGAAGGAGUCUAAUGAAGGAAUAUAAAAAUGUAACUGGUAACUUUCCAGAAAGAAAGUUCCCUCCACACAGGGCAAAAGAAGUGCUCUGGUUGGUAUUUUAUAUAAAUGACUGGUUAAACAUAUUGUUUUUCCAAAUUUUUGUUUGUUUUGCACAACUUUUAAAUUAGAUUACUGGUUAUUCAACAGUACACAACAUAUAUAAAUAUGAAAAUUUUUAUAAUGAAAUAUAACCAGUGAGGUAAACUACAAAAAUAAAAAGUGACAACCUGCCUAGGAAUUGGAAUUAACCUUUUGGAAUGUUAAUCUUGUAAAAAGUGUGUAUUGGUUUGUUUAAAUAGUCUUGUAAAGCUUCUGUGUAAUGAAUUGUUUCCAGAUUUGAAUUUUCAGAGAUAGCUGUAGAGAUGUUUUUGAUUCUUUUAGAUGCCUCAUUAAAUAAGGUCUUUUAUAUGUUAAUGUAUAAAGAAUAUGUAAACAGGAUUAUUUUCAAUUUAAAAAUUUUGUAUAGUUUAAAGAUGCUUCUGUAUUCUGUGUUGGUAUUGUGCCACUGCAAAACUUUAGUGCAGAGUUUAUAUUUAGCUAAACUUGUUCUGUUAAUUAAGAGAAAUGCAUAAAUCUUUUAUUCUCAAUGAAAUUUGUAACUGAAUAAAUUGAGCUAUGAGAGUUGAUAUAUUUCACAAAAAUGC